CCCCGCCACUCACAGCCCAGAGCGUUUUGUGAUCUCUAAUCUGUAUAUGUGCUAAAGACAGUAGGUAAAGGCGAUGAAGAAGUUUGUGCCAUCGGUGAAGAAGCACCUUGUGCGACUUCAGUAGCACGUCUGGCAUUGUCUGAGACAACUAAAUCCAACUCACCAGGGCGUCAGGGGGCGAGUACGGCAAGCGGGAAGGACAAACUGUCAUUACUGUUUGGAGUCUGGUUUCCAGGUUAGUGUUUUUUUUGUCCGGGUCUGAGUGUGUCCGGCUGCGCUAUGUCGGCCUUUGAGAAGCCUCAGAUCAUCGCCCAUAUCCAGAAGGGCCUCAAUUACACGGUAUUUGACUGUAAGUGGGUGCCCUGCAGCGCCAAAUUUGUGACCAUGGGCAACUUCGCACGGGGCACCGGCGUGAUUCAGCUGUACGAGAUCCAGCACGGGGACCUAAAGCUGCUUCGGGAGAUUGAAAAGGCCAAACCCAUUAAAUGUGGAACAUUUGGUGCAACAUCUUUGCAGCAGAGAUAUUUAGCUACUGGAGAUUUUGCUGGAAACCUUCAUAUAUGGAAUUUGGAAGCUCCAGAGACCCCCGUGUAUGCUGUAAAGGGCCAUAAGGAAAUUGUAAACGCUGUGGACGGCGUAGGGGGGCUGGGGAUUGGGGAAGGAGCCCCUGAAAUCGUGACUGGCAGCCGGGACGGAACUGUGAAGGUGUGGGACCCAAGGCAAAAAGAUGAUCCUGUUGCUAAUAUGGAACCUGUACAAGGAGAAAACAAGAGAGACUGUUGGACAGUGGCAUUUGGUAACGCUUACAAUCAAGAGGAACGUGUUGUUUGUGCUGGCUACGACAACGGGGAUAUCAAACUGUUUGAUCUCAGAAAUAUGUCAUUGCGGUGGGAGACAAACAUCAAAAAUGGGGUAUGUAGCUUGGAGUUUGACAGAAAAGAUAUAAGUAUGAAUAAGUUAAUAGCUACAUCCCUGGAAGGAAAGUUUCAUGUUUUUGACAUGAGAACACAGCAUCCAACCAAAGGUUUUGCUUCUGUUUCAGAAAAGGCUCAUAAAUCCACCGUGUGGCAGGUCCGCCACCUGCCACAGAACCGAGAGCUCUUUCUGACUGCAGGGGGUGCCGGCGGCCUUCACCUCUGGAAGUACGAAUACCCUAUUCAGCGGUCAAAGAAAGAUUCCGAGGGAGUCGAGAUGGGAGUUGCGGGGUCAGUCAGCCUUCUGCAGAACGUGACGUUGUCCACCCAGCCCAUCUCCAGUCUGGACUGGAGUCCAGAUAAAAGGGGCCUCUGCAUCUGUAGUUCAUUUGAUCAAAUGGUAAGAGUACUGAUUAUUACAAAACUCCAUAAAAUUUGAUCUGAAGACUUUGGACUUGAAACCUUCCAGCAGAAGACUCAUAGAAUUUAAAAUGUGCUGUGCAUCCUCGGACCCUCAUUGAACAAAGUUGGAUUUGCCUGAUGAAAAAAGGCCUCAGACGUACACAUCCAGGCUAGCCUCUCUCCGGGCGUGAAAUGCCCAGCACUGUGUUUCGGUGACCUGGUGAGUUGCUGUUUUGCUGCUGCACCUGGGGGCACCUCUCUCUCCAGAGCCAGCUCCGCUCCAUUCCCCCCAUUUCUAAGAAAAAAUCGAUACUUGUCUGUAUUUAAACAUAUGUUAAAUUUGUUCAACAUCCCCCAACGUUUCAUAUUUUAUAAUAACACUUAUGUUGCAUUUUAGUGUUUACAGUUUUGUGGUAGGGAUCACUAUUUUGGUUUAAAAUCUGCCUUGGUAAAACUGAUGUGAAUUAACCUUCAUAAAUACACUUUGAGAGAUUUCAGUAUCACUAAGUUUCUGUACAGAAUAUUACUUUAUAAAAUACCAAAGUGGCACAGUCAGACUAGAUUUGGGUAACUGUUUUUAGCAGUAUCAUCUAUAAAAUGAAAUACUAUGACUUACAAAGACCUCUUUUUUACUUAAACAAGAGUUAAAUUAGUGAGACUUUUGGUUGUUGACAAUGGUAAGUGAUGUUGAGAUGAACAAGAUUAUGGGGGUUUUGUAGCCUUAUUUUUUGUCAAACUUUUUAAUAUAUUUUAUGAAUAAAUUUCUGUUUUUG